GAAUCGUCGGCAAAGGUGUCUGUGAAGGUGUUGGCCGAGGGCGCCGACGGCGUCAACGAGCUGUGCUUCAGUGUGCGCAUGACGACACCGCUGGGUAAGAUGAUGAAGGCCUGGUGUGACCACCACCAAGUUCCGGCAGGGGAGGCUGCGUUCUUGUUGGGGGAGCAGCUGGUGAAGCCCGAGGACACGCUGCUGACACUGGGCAGUGGCACCGAUGCGGUGGUGUUCCGCGCCGUUCCACGCGACCAGGUGGAGAGUGCGAAGGAGGCCACGCCCAAGAAGCGAGGACCGCCGAAGGAAGCGAAGCCGAAGCCGAAGUCGCCGAAGCUGAAGGAGAAGGCCGAGAAGGUUGCAAAGGUCGAGAAGCCCAAAGCCAAGGCCAAGAGCAAAGGGAAGCGCAAGAGGACUGAGGAGGAUUCCGAUUCCGAUGGAGCCAGAGAGCAAACCUCAGAGGCCGGGGCCCUCUCCAGCGUGCGCCGGAGCCAGCGGCUGCGUGACCCGGAGGAGUCCGCCGCGCAGGUCACGUCCUCGACGCUGGUCCACCACCCUCAAGAGCAAAGAACUCGGAAGGGCCUGCUAGCGCCGGAGCUCACGAACCGCAUGAGUUUCCGCGAAUACUUGGCCUACGAUCGUAAGCAGGAGCGGCAACGCAACCAGGCUCGCCUGGACCGGCAGAAGCGAAAGCUGGUCAAUGGUGACAGUUCAGACGAGGACCUGCAGCUGGCACUGGCUCUUUCCAUGUCCGAGAGCCAGGAGAGGAUGGGCGAGAUGACGGGAGCUGACGCGUUUUCUCGUAGACCCGUGAAAGUCGCGAGCAGCGCAGUGUACAGAGUGACGAUGAGCUGA